AUACAAAUCUGAGUAAAUACCUUCACAAGCUGUUAUAGAGACGUUUUAUUAUUUUCAAAAUAUAAGUUCAUUGCUAAGUUGUGUGUUUCUUAUCUAAGGUCAGCAAUAUAUGUAAAUUAACAUUUUAUUGCUUACUAUGCUGAGGCCGAGAAUCCUUUCUGAGGUAUUAAGCCAGGCGAAUACCAGCGGAGUCGAAAAUGCCUUGCUGUUAAAUAAUGAAGGCACUCUUAUGGCGUACAGUGGCUAUGGAAACAGAGAUGCCAUAGUAACUGCAGCAAUUGCUAGCAAUAUUUGGGCAGCUUAUGAAAAAAAUGGUAGAACCGCUUUGAAAGAAGACAAGCUUCAGAUGGUGUUAAUGGAAUGCUCGGAAGGAAAAGUUGUAAUUACACAAGUGGCAAAUCUUCUACUUUGUCUCUGCUCAAACAGUGCAGUCGGCUUUGGCAUGUUGAAAGAAAAGGCUGAUGCCCUCGCCACGUACCUGCAAGGGCCUAUUGCACAAAUUGUAUCUUCAUAAUACUGACUGUUUCUUAUACAUAUAUAUAUAUUAUUUAUGUAAUGCGCCUAAAUAUGAUAUUUAAAUAA